AUGUUGCACCUUGUUGGUCUUGGUCUCGCCGAUGAGACGGAUAUCACCGUCCGCGGCCUGGAGAUUGUGAAGCGGGCGGAGAGAGUCUAUCUAGAGGCAUACACGAGUAUUCUUCUGGUGGACAAGUCGAAAUUGGAAGCUUUCUAUGGCCGCCCCGUCAUCGAAGCAGACCGCGAACUAGUCGAGACCGGCAGUGACGAUAUCCUGGCCGGUGGGGACAAAGCUGACAUUGUAUUUCUCGUCGUGGGAGACCCAUUCGGCGCAACAACACACACCGACCUCGUCCUCCGUGCCCGAGAGCUCGGCAUCAAGACCAAUGUCGUCCCCAAUGCCUCCAUCAUGUCCGGCAUUGGCUGCACUGGACUGCAAUUGUACAACUUCGGUCAAACAGUCAGUAUGGUGUUCUUCACAGAGACCUGGAAGCCCUCGUCAUACUACGACCGAGUGCGUGAGAACAUCCAGAUCGGUCUGCACACACUAGUACUGCUUGACAUCAAGGUCAAGGAGCAGUCGCUGGAGAACAUGGCGCGCGGACGCCGCAUCUUUGAGCCCCCUCGCUACAUGACCGUUGCUCAGUGCGCAUCGCAGAUGCUUGAGACUGAGGAGGAGCGCAAGGAGGGUAUUUAUGGGCCGGACAGUCUGGCAGUCGGGGCGGCGCGUGUUGGCGCUGCUAACCAGCAGCUUGUUUCUGGUACCCUCAAGGAGCUGUCUACUGUCGACAUGGGCGCGCCGUUGCACAGUCUUGUUCUUCUUGGUCGGAGGACGCAUGAUCUCGAGAGGGAUUAUAUUCGCGAAUAUGCGAUUAAUAAGGAGACGUUCGAUGCGAGCUAUGCCAAGGGGUAUGGUGCUAGCUUGUAA